UCUCUUCCAAAGAGUGUGCAUGACAACUUUAUGAUCAAAAUGCAAACAAUGAUUCAUCUAUCGAUUGUGCUCUUGUUGUUUUCAAAUAUUCUUAUUUAUAGAGUUUGUCAUGCUUCCUCUUACUCCAGUCUCAUAAGUAGUGGUGUGGACUAUCAUCGUCAUUCUCCCAUUAAUAAACAACCACUCGCCAAAAUCGCCAUUCACAAAACUGUUAUCGCUCUCAAUGAAUCAGCUUCCAUUCGUUCUAGCCCUUUGCUACUGGGAUCUGAGGACGAUGAUCAUAUUGAUUGGCUUAACAUAGACCUCGAGUACCCUGAACCAUCUAUAGACGAUUGGGUUGGAAUUUUUUCUCCGGCGAAGUUCAAUGCUUCCGAUUGCUCAUCAGAAGCCGGUGAGUGGCCGGAGAAUCCAACCUUAUGCACAGCUCCAAUUAAGUACAAAUUCGCAAAUCAAUCCUCUGCUGAUUAUGUUAAAACGGGAAAAGCUAAAAUCACCUUCCGGAUCAUAAAUCAACGUUCAAAUUUCGCAUUUGCGUUUUUUACAGGCGGAUUAGAAACUCCGAAAUUGGUUGCUGUUUCUAAUCCUAUGUCAUUUCCAAACCCUAAGGCCCCUCUAUACCCUCGUCUUGCCCAUGGAAAAGAAUGGGAUGAGAUGACUGUAACAUGGACUAGUGGAUAUAACAUUGAUGAAGCAACUCCACUUCUUGAAUGGGGAUUGAAGGGAGAAACCAAAAAGCUUUCUCCUGCAGGAACAUUGACUUUUACACGUGGCAGCAUGUGUGGUCCACCUGCACGUACAGUUGGAUGGCGUGAUCCUGGUUUUAUCCACACUAGUUUCUUAAAGGGCAUGUGGCCAAACACGAUGUAUGAAUAUAGAAUGGGCCAUAUGCUUUUAAAUGGAUCAAUCAUCUAUAGUAAAAUAUACACGUUUAAAUCAUCUCCAUAUCCCGGACAAGAUUCGCUUCAACGUGUUAUCAUAUUUGGAGACAUGGGAAAGGCAGAACGUGACGGGUCAAAUGAGUAUGCAAAUUAUCAACCAGGAUCCCUAAUUACUACAGAUCAAUUAAUUAGUGACCUUGACAACUAUGAUAUAGUGUUCCAUAUAGGAGGUUUACCAUAUGCAAGUGGAUAUCUCUCACAAUGGGAUCAAUUCACUGAACAAGUCGAACCCAUUUCAUCAGUGAAGCCAUAUAUGAUUGCAAGUGGCAACCAUGAACGUGAUUUUCCUAAUUCUGGAUCCUUUUACGAUACUCUUGAUUCGGGCGGGGAGUGUGGUGUGCCUGCUGAGACCAUGUACUAUGUUCCUGCAGAUAACAGAGCUAAAUUCUGGUAUGCAACGGAUUAUGGUAUGUUUCACUUCUGUAUAGCGGAUUCAGAGCAUGAUUGGAGGGAGGGUUCAGAACAAUAUGCAUGGAUAGAGAAAUGUUUUGCGUCAGUCGACAGACAAAAACAGCCAUGGUUAAUCUUUGCUACUCAUCGUGUUCUUGGUUAUUCUUCUAGCAGUUGGUUAGCCGAUGAGGGUGCAUUUGAAGAGCCCAUGGGACGUGCGAAUUUGCAAAAAUUAUGGCAAAAAUACAAAGUGGACAUCGCAUUGUAUGGGCAUGUCAAUAAUUAUGAAAGGACAUGUCCUAUAUACCAGAACAAGUGUGUGAAUUCGGAGAUAUCACGGUACUCUGGUACGGUGAAUGGGACAAUUCAUGUUGUUGUUGGUGGAGGAGGGAGCCACUUGUCGAGUUUUACAGAGAUAAAUACAUUUUGGAGUUUGUAUAAAGAUCAAGAUUGGGGAUUUGUGAAACUUACUGCAUUUAACCACUCAUCACUUUUAUUUGAGUACAAGAAGAGUAGUGAUGGUUUGGUUUAUGAUAGCUUUACAAUAUCAAGGGACUACAAAGAUGUUUUGGCAUGUGUACAUGAUGGUUGUGAACCUACCACUUUGGCAACUUAAAAUGUGGUACAUCAAAAUUUUUGGCAGAUAAAACCAAUAAAAAAACACUUUUCCAAAAAAUCAUGCUGCUAAAAAUUUGUUUUAUUAGUGGUAAGGCUUCUAUUGUACUAGUAAUGUAUGUAUGUGUCCAUUAUUUUUAUUUAAUGUUCUUGUUAUAGUUA